AUGGCAACGGGCCAAAAAGUUCAAGACGGAGUAACAGUUAUUCUGGGAGUUCAAUGGGGAGAUGAAGGCAAGGGAAAACUUGUAGAUAUAUUAUCUAGAGAGGCAGAUUUGUGUGCUCGUUGUCAAGGUGGAAAUAAUGCAGGUCAUACAAUUGUUAUAGGAGAUCAAACAUAUGAUUUUCAUAUUCUUCCAUCGGGAAUGACCAGUCCAAAUUGCUUAAAUCUUAUUGGAUCGGGAGUUGUAAUUCAUAUUCCUUCUUUUUUUGCCGAAUUAGAAGCUAUAGAAAAAAAAGGAAUUUGUACACAAAAUCGAAUUUUUGUAUCAGAUCGUGCUCAUCUCGUUCUUGAUUAUCAUCAAGUGAUCGAUGAAUUAAAAGAACUCGAGCUCGGAGAAUAUAGUAUUGGGACAACAAAAAAAGGUAUUGGCCCCGCAUAUAGCCAUAAAGCAGAGCGAAAUGGAAUUCGAGUACAUCACUUAUAUGAUUUUUCUGAAUUUGAACGUCUUUUUCGUGAAAAUUUUGAAUCUUGUAGACGUCGAUAUGGACAAUUCGAAUUUGACGUAGAAAAAGAAAUAAAUAAAUACAGGGAAUAUGCUGAAAAGCUUCGGUGUUAUGUGGUGGAUGCAGUAUAUUUUAUACAUUCAAUAAUGACAACACAAAAACGGAUUCUUGUUGAAGGAGCAAAUGCAUUGAUGCUUGAUAUUGAUUAUGGAACAUAUCCGUAUGUUACAAGUUCGAAUACAUCGAUUGGUGGUGUAUGUACAGGGUUAGGUCUUCCUCCAAAGAAAAUCAAGAAUGUUAUCGGAGUUAUGAAAGCAUAUACAACACGAGUAGGUUCUGGCCCAUUUCCAACAGAACUUUUCGAUAAUAUAGGUGAACAUCUUCAACGAACAGGUUCUGAAUGGGGCGUUACAACAGGCAGAAAAAGAAGAUGUGGAUGGCUUGAUCUUGUACUCGUGCGAUAUUCAAAUUGGAUUAAUGGCUAUUCAAGUCUUAUGAUUACAAAACUCGAUGUCUUAGAUACUCUAAAAGAAAUAAAAAUCGGCAUUGCAUAUAAAGUUAAUAAUAAAGAAAUUCCAUACAUUUCCGCCGAUCUAAAAACCUUCAAAAAUCUUGUUGUCGAAUACAAAACAUUGCCUGGAUGGCUGACGAAAACAAGCGGCUGUACUUCAUUCGAUCAAUUGCCUAUACAAGCACAAACAUAUGUUAAAUUUAUUGAAGAUUUUAUUGGCGUUAAAAUUCUUUACAUUGGUGUUGGACCAAGUCGAAACGAUAUUAUUCUUCGCUAAUGACCAUAUCUAUUAUUCAGAUUAAAUAUAAAAUAUACAAAAAUAC